GCUGUGGUGGAUAGAGCGCUGGCCGUGACCGCUCGCUCGAACCCCCGCCCCCCUCUUUCUUGAGGCCAUGGACGCUGCCGCCCUCUGCCGCCCGGCCAGCUUCUUCCCCCGCUCCGCCGGUCCCGGACAACGCAGGAGGAGCGGCGGUUCUCUGGCUUCCGGUUCUUUUCCCUCCGCCGGCCGCUUCCCAGGGCCACGGCCGUGCAGAUUCUUGCGCUCCGCCAGCUCUUCCGCCUCUCAGUGGGGGAUGGGCGUUCGCUGUCGAGCCGCUGGGACGGAGUCGAAGGCCGCUUCCGACGCUGUCGUUCGCAGCGGCGAACCCGGGCAAGACCGUCUGCUCAAGGUUCCUGUAUCAAACAUCAGAAAUUUUUGUAUUAUUGCUCACAUUGACCAUGGGAAGUCAACCUUAGCAGAUAAGCUAUUGCAGUUGACUGGUACAGUACAGAUGAGAGAGAUGAAAGAGCAAUUCUUAGAUAAUAUGGAUUUAGAAAGAGAAAGAGGUAUCACGAUUAAAUUACAGGCAGCUCGAAUGCGGUAUGUAUUGGACAAUGUGCCCUACUGCCUUAAUCUGAUAGAUACCCCGGGGCAUGUUGACUUCUCAUAUGAGGUUUCUCGGUCCCUUGCUGCUUGUGAAGGAGCCCUCUUGGUUGUGGAUGCUUCUCAGGGUGUAGAGGCACAGACUUUAGCUAAUGUUUAUCUGGCUCUGGAAAACAACCUUGAGAUCAUACCUGUUCUGAAUAAAAUAGAUCUACCAGGUGCUGAACCUGAUCGUGUUGCCCGCGAGAUGGAAGAGAUUAUUGGAUUAGACUGUAGUACUGCAAUUCAGUGUUCAGCGAAGGAGGGUAUAGGUAUAGCUGAAAUUCUAAAUUCUAUUGUCACAAGGAUUCCUCCUCCUAAUGAUACUUCUCAAAGUCCCCUCAGAGCUCUAAUAUUUGAUAGUUAUUAUGACCCAUACAGAGGUGUGAUCGUUUAUUUCCGGGUUGUUGAUGGAAGCAUAAGGAAAGGUGAUAAAAUAUAUUUCAUGGCUAGUGGGAAGGAUUAUUUUGCUGAUGAAAUUGGUGUCCUUUCACCCAAUCAAAUGCAAGUUGAUGAACUAUAUGUUGGUGAGGUGGGUUACCUUUCAGCUUCAAUUAGAUCAGUUGCAGAUGCAAGGGUUGGUGACACAAUUACUCAUUUUGGAAGAAGAGCUGCAAGCUCUUUGCCUGGAUAUGAGGAAGCUACACCGAUGGUGUUUUGUGGUCUCUUUCCUGUCGAUGCCGAUCAGUUUCCUGAGUUGCGUGAUGCAUUGGAGAAGCUUCAACUAAAUGAUGCAGCAUUAAAGUUUGAACCUGAAACUUCAAGUGCUAUGGGUUUUGGUUUUCGGUGUGGGUUUCUAGGUUUACUCCAUAUGGAAAUCGUUCAGGAAAGGCUUGAGAGAGAAUACAACUUGACCUUGAUAACAACUGCACCAAGUGUUGUUUACCGAGUCAAUUGUGCAAAUGGUGAUAUUAUUGAGUGCUCGAAUCCAUCUUUACUUCCAGAACCUGGAAAGAGAAGAUCAAUUGAAGAACCAUUUGUUAAGAUUGAAAUGCUUACUCCAAAGGAAUAUAUAGGCUCUCUUAUGGAACUUGGUCAAGAAAGAAGAGGUGAGUUUAAAGAAAUGAACUAUAUCACGGAGAAUAGAGCCUCCCUCAUCUACGAGUUACCACUUGCUGAGAUGGUCGGGGAUUUCUUUGAUCAGCUGAAGUCCAGAACCAAGGGAUAUGCUAGCAUGGAAUACUCUUUUGUGGGGUAUAGGGAAAGUGAUUUGGUAAAGCUUGAUGUCCAGAUUAAUGGUGAGCCUGUGGAACCAUUAUCAACAAUUGUGCAUAAAGAUAAGGCUUAUGCUGUUGGGAGAGCGCUGACUCAGAAACUAAAGGAGCUAAUACCGAGACAAAUGUUCAAAAUUCCAAUUCAGGCAUGCGUUGGUUCAAAAGUGAUUGCCAGUGAAUCUUUAUCUGCAAUUAGGAAGGAUGUUCUAUCAAAAUGUUAUGGGGGUGAUAUAUCAAGGAAAAAGAAACUGCUUAAAAAGCAGGCUGAGGGAAAGAAAAGAAUGAAAGCAGUUGGAAAGGUUGAAGUGCCACAGGAGGCCUUCAUGGCUGUUUUGAGAUUAGAAAAGGAGGUUAUGUAAAUCAUAACAUCUGCCAUUCCAUUGUUGAAAUCAGAAAGGAAGCCAUUUAACAUCUGCCUUACCUUUCAAGAUAUAAUCCAAGCUUACAUGAUCAUCCAGUAUCAGCAGAGGAAUUUUCUAGAACUCAUGCAAAGGGUAUAUCCUUUUAAGCAGUCCAUGUUUAUCCUGUACAGUAUUCAGCUUAGCGGAGGAGGUGGUGGCCUGGGCUGCAUAAUAUGGUCUCUGUCCCAGUUUGCAGUAGAAGAAGAAAGGCUGCCAUCCGAAGUAUACAAUUGAAUAUUCAGCCAAGUUCAGCACCGAUUUUUUUGUAGCUGCACUCAUUUCAAGGACCCAAAGGAAUCUAUAAUAGUUGUGCAAUACAGGAUUUAUACGUCAAAAAGGAUCCCAUCUCCUGCUUUAUCUCUAAAAUGGUUAGUGAACAGGUGUCCCUUUUGUUGAUUGAUUAAUCAAAGUUUACCAGUGAAAUGUUGCACUAUAUUCUUGAAAUAGAUAUUCUCAUAUCAAACAGAACCUCCAGUUCAAAUUA